CAAAUCUAUUACAGCCACUCCCACAUAAUAAAAUGGCAGCACAUCCAACAGUGCUCAAGCAGACAGACGAUUUGGUGGAGCUGUUUCGACAUGUUCUGGAUAACAAUGUGGAGAGAUAUUGUGUAGCAGCCAAAACAGAGCUAUCAUCAUUGUACAGAGAAUUAGAGGUGGAGCGUCUGCAGCACCAAGAGACCAAACAGCUGCUAGUUGAUGAGAGUCACAAACUCUACUUGUUGGAAACUCAACUCCACACACUUCAGCGUCAGCUCAAUCGGGAACAGAAUACUUUUGAGAGAGCGUUUGGUAUAUUAAAGAAGAAAGAUUUGAGCUUGACACCAAACAAAAUGUCCAUGCAACUAGCCGCUUUAGAGGCAGCAUGUCAUAAAAAAGAUGAAGAGCUACAACACAAAGAUCAGACAAUUGAUAAGCUUCGAGCAACCAUUGCCAGCAUGAAAAGGGAACACAAGAGGCAGUUGGAGGAUUUGAAGCUAAAGACCAAACAGGACUCUUAUUUAUCAUCAUCAUUUCAGACAGCAAAUAGGACAUACUAUAAUGACACGCACACACGAAGAAAAACUAAACACUAAUAGCUUUUAUUAUUAUUAUUAUUAUUAUUCAAA